AUGUCUUCAUCAAAAGCCAAGUUCAGCCAUUUGACAAAGAAGGGUGCGAACCCGGGCGGCGGCGGCGGCGGCGGCAGCAGAAACAUGAACAAGGAUUAUUCUAUUAAUCUGUCGGUACAGCAGGUGCUGAGCUUGUGGGUGCAAGGCACAGUACCGACACUGCAACACUUCACAGAGAUGUGGUACUGGGUGUUCCUGUGGUGUCUGUUCUCCUCUCUCUUCGUGCACGGUGCCGUGGGGCUCCUCAUGUGUGUGACGCUGCAGAGGCACAAAAGGGGCAGACUCAUCACCCUGGUCUUGGUCAGCGUGGGCUUCCUGGCCUCCCUCACGGGAGGAGUCAUCACCAGCGCGGCAGUGGCUGGAGUGUACCGUGUUGCGGGGAAAGACAUGGCCCCUCUGGAGGCGCUGGUUUUUGGGGUGGGCCAGACCGCACUCACUAUCAUCAUCUCCUUCUCCCGCAUCCUAGCUACUCUUUGA